AUGGGGACUCCCCGAGCCCGGGACGCGCGCCAGGCCCGCGAUCAGCGUGGGCAGGUGGAGCUGAGCCCGAGAACUGACACAGGAGGGCAAAGUUUCAACCAGGAGUCACACUUAAGAGUAAACCAGGGAAAUCAUGCAGACGUGACACCCUUUGAAUGUGGACAAAACUUCAGCCAUAAUUCAACUCACACAACAGAGAAAUUCUGUGAUCAUAAUAUAUGCAGGGGAACCCUCAGCCACCAGUCAGCCUGCAGUGUAUGUCAGAGGACUCACACAAGGUUGAAACCCUAUGACUAUAGUGAAUGUGGAAUAUCCUUUCGUAAAAAAUUGUACCUCCUUAUUCACCAGAGAAUUCACACAGGGGCGAAACCUUACAAAUGUAACGAAUGUGGGAAGGAUUUCAGCCACAAGUCAGGCCUACGGAAACAUGAGAUAACUCACACAAGGGAGAGACCUUAUGAGUGUGUUGAAUGUGGGAAAACUUUCAGCUGGAGGUUAGGCCUGAGAGUACAUCAGAGAACUCAUACAGGGGAGAAACCCUAUGAAUGUAGUGAAUGUGGAAAAACAUUUGUCCAGCAGUCAGCUCUCAAAACACAUCAGACCAUUCACAAAGGGGAAAAGCCUUAUGAAUGUAAUGAAUAUGGGAAAACCUUUGCCCAGAAUUCAACCCUCAAAAAACACCAGACAAUUUACACAAGGGCGAAGUCCUAUGACUGUAAGGAAUGUGGAAAAGCCUUCAACCAGAAGUCAAGCAUAGGAAUGCACCAGGGAACUCACACAGGGGAGAAACCAUACAAAUGUAAUGAAUGUGGAAAGGCUUUCACUGCAAAGUCAGGCCUAAGAGUACAUCAAAGGAUUCACACAGGAGAGAAACCCUAGGAGUGUAAUGAAUGUGCGAAAGCUUUUAGCAAGAAAUCUAGCUUAAGGUUACACCAGAGAACUCACACAGCGGGGGGAAAACCCUAUGAAUGUAAUGAGUGUGGCAGAGACUUCACCUAUAAAUCAAUCCUCAGAGGACAUCAGGAAACUCAUAAAAGGGAAAAACUCUCUAAAUAUGACAAAUGUGAGAAAGCUUUUAGUGAGAAAUCUGUCUUAAGGUUACUACAGAGAACUCAUACAGGAGUUCUGUGA